UAGCUUACAAUGUGUUAGUCAGAAGGCUGGACACUUGUAGCUGAUAUAGCCAUUUAUAACCUGAUCAACAGCAGGUUAAGACACAACCAGGUGAUAUAGCCAUUAUAGCCUCCCAGGAUACAGAAACACAUUCUCCCAGAGUGGAUGCGAGUUGCUGCCCUAAGUGACGAUGAUUGUUCUGCGUGUAAAGGCUAUACAGACCAUCGUGGUGCUGUCUCUGGUCGGGGCACUGAUCAUGAUAAUACUGUACAGUGCCUCUACCAGCCAUAAUCACAGUUCAAUGAGAUCCCUUGGACAACGUAGAUCCUUUAGACAACAUGGAAUCCAUAGAAAACUCCCAAAGCAUUUGAGAGACAGAAAUAUAAAUCAUGGCAGAGCAUACAAACGUGGUCACAGAAAACAUCCCAAGUUUCUGAACCUUCUGAAGGCUGACUUGAAAAAGAGAAAGAAGAAGAAUCGAAAUAAGAAACAAAUCACGAAUGAAACAAAGGAACACAAUCCCAAAGUAAAGCAAAGGAGAAGAAAAGCAAAGGUACAGCUCAAUCAUCACGACUCCAAUUUACGAACUGAUUUAAUAAGAGCAUUUGCACUCACAGACAAUGAUGCCAGGCAUCCCUUUGCAAAUAAGCAUCAGUUCAAUUAUACUCUCAGCCCAUCCAAAUGUCACAAGAAACCUGUCUUCCUGUUGACAAUUGUUCACUCUCAGCCACAUGAUAUUCAGCAAAGGUUAACUUUCCGAAAAACCUUUGGUCUAAUCCAGUCAUCAUGGAGAAAGAAAAUUGUGUAUGUUUUUAGUGUAGGACUUGUUAGUGAUCCCAAAAUACAGGAGGAACUUCAGAAAGAGGCUGCGACCUUUCAUGAUAUUAUUCAAGGAGGGUUUCUUGACCUUGAGGAAAACCUGGCUCUUAAACAUAUCAUGGGUCUCCACUGGAAGAAAAAACACUGCCCCCAAGCAAAAUUUAUUCUUAAAAUUGAUGAUGACGUGUUUAUCCACCCCUUUGGGAUAAUCCAAAAUAUUUUAGCAAAGUCCAUGCGGAAGCGUUUCAUUAGUUGUAGAGAAGGGUCGAACAAGGUUGUUGUUGACAAAAUGAAGAGUCGUAAGCUGAGAUCAACAUAUCCUGCCGACUUUCUCCCAAGCUUCUGUAAUGGGUACGCUGUUUUGAUGUCAUCAGAUGUUGCUUCAGGAUUACUGGCAGCAUCACAGAAAGUACGCUACGUCCCACUUGAGGAUUUGUUCGUAACUGGCGUACUGAGAGUUGUGUCUGGAGUAGGACUCAGUUCCAAGGAAGUCAUCCAUGGGCAAUGCAAUCCAAGACUCUUCACAGGCAAGGAAAUUACUAAAGUCACGGCUCUUCAUUUGGAAGGGAAAUGUAAGAAUAAAAUGACAAAACUGUGGAAAAGGUAUCAUACAGUUUUGAAAAGCAAAAAAACAUUGAAAAUUCAAGAUGGUUUACAGUAAACUGAAUUAGUUUCUUAUUUAAUUUGAGCAUGUAAAGCAUGACCUAAAUAACAUACCAUUACCAAGCAGUAAAUAAACUAAUGUAAUCCCUC